AUGGUACUACUUGUUCUAGGGCGUCCCGGCAGUGGUUGCUCAACUUUCCUGAAGAUCAUUACUGGUCAGAUGCGAGAUUUGGAUAUUGACUCAGCAUCUAUUUUACAAUACACAGGCGUACCGCACCGAAUAAUGACUCGACAGUUCAAAGGCGAGCUGAUCUACAAUGGAGAGGUAGACGAGAAUCUCCCGUACCUGACGGUCGGACAGACUUUGGAGUUCGCCGCCGCCAUGCGUACGCCCAGGGCUCGUCUACCAGGGAUAACCCGGAAGGAUAGAGUCAAGCAUGUGGUGCAAGUCAUGCUGACCGUGUUUGGACUUUCGCACACGAAGAACACAAUAGUGGGAAAUGACUAUGUGCGAGGUGUUUCAGGUGGUGAAAGAAAGAGAGUCUCAAUAGCAGAGACAGCACUCUCUGAAGCCGCUAUAUCGGCGUGGGAUAACUCUACCAGAGGCCUAGAUGCCGAGUCUGCCCUGCAUUUUGUUAGUCGGCUGCGGACUCUCUCUGACCUAACUCAAUCCUCCAAUGCGGCAGCGAUCUACCAAUCUUCACAAUCCAUUUUCGAUCUAUUUGACAAGAUUCUGGUCCUAUAUGAGGGGAGAGAGAUAUUCUUCGGCCCUGCUUCGUCAGCCCCAGAUUACUUCGAACGGAUGGGUUGGCAACGCCACGCAAGGCAAACAUCAGGAGACUACUUGACCACCAUCACCGACCCAGAGCAAAGAAUAGCAAAGGAAGGGCACGAAGACUCGGUGCCUAGAACACCUGAAGAUUUUAGUCGUCACUGGCUCAACUCGACUGAAUAUGCUCGUUUGAUGGAAGAGAUUGAUAAGUACCAGAAGGAUUUCGAUCUCCAACAAGAAACGACUCGGAAGCAAUUCGAGUCGAUUCGCCAUAACCUCAAGGCGAAAGGAAUGCUGAGAAGAGCUACACAAACAGUCUCGUUUCCAAUGCAGACCGCACUUUGCGUCAAAAGAACGACGCAGCAACUUUGGAAUGACAAAGGUUCAACCUUUACGACACUGAUUGGAGAGAUUAUCAUUGCACUUGUCGUCGGAUCCAUCUUCUAUGGUACUCCAGAGACCUCCGAUGCCUUUUUCUCUUAUGGGUCCGUCCUUUUCUUCUCUGUACUUCUCAAUGUCUUGAUGUCCGUGACAGACAUCCACAAUCUAUACAAAGGCCGUCCAGUCAUCAUAAAACAAGUAUCCUAUGCCUUUUAUCGGCCGUCAGCUGAUGCGCUUGCAAGUGUUUUAGUUGACAUUCCUGUCAAGUUUGUAAUUGCCGUGUUCUUCAAUAUCAUUUUGUUUUUUUUGGCCGGCCUUGCGUACACAGCAUCUCAGUUCUUUAUUUUCUUCCUUUUUGUAUUUAUAACGACGUUGGCAAUGUCUAUGGUAUUUCGGACUAUUGCCGCGGCGACUAUGACCCUCCCUCAGGCUAUGGCUAUAUCUGGUUUCCUAGUACUUGCAUUGGUCACAUACGCUGGUUUUGUGCUUCCCAGUCCGUAUAUGCAACCCUGGUUCAAAUGGAUCUCCUACAUCAACCCACUUUCUUUUGCUUUCGAGGCAUUAUUGGUCAAUCAAGCACAUGGGACCAAUUUUCCCUGCUCCAACAUCGUACCCUCCUAUCAAAACUUGACCGGCGACACUUUUAUCUGUCCAGUCCCUGGAUCCGUGGCCGGGCAGACCUACGUGAAUGGAGAUGCCUGGUUUGAGACAAGCUAUGACUAUAGCUAUUCGCACCUGUGGCGCAACCUGGGCAUCAUUCUUGGCUUUUUAUUCUUCUUUCUCUUUACAUAUCUGUUGAUUUCUGAUCUCAACGUCAACACGUCUGUAGGUGCUGAUGUCCUUGUUUUCCUCCAUGACCGCAUCCCUGGUCUCACAACGAAAGCCGACUCCAAGCUUAAAGGCAAGGCAGACGUGGAGCAGCCACUAGUGGUUAACAGUACGCCGGUCCAGGUCGUUGUGAAUAAAGGAACAGCGCCACAAGCGGAUCAGGGGGUAUUUGCAUGGAGGAAGUUGACCUACGACGUUAUGAUCAAAGGAGAAUCGAGGCGUUUACUUAACGACGCCUGCGGUUGGGUGGAACCAGGCUCUAUGAUCGCCUUGAUGGGAGUAUCAGGGGCGGGUAAAACGACGCUGCUAAAUGCAUUGGCCCAAAGAAUGCCCGCAGGUGAUGUAAAGGGCGAAUUCUAUGUGAACGGGAAGCCGUUACCAGAGUCCUUCAAGAGUGACGUUGGCUAUGUACAGCAGCAAGACGUUCACCUUGAAACCUCGACUGUACGCGAAGCCCUACAGUUCUCGGCAAUGUUGAGACAAUCCCGUGACAUACCAAUACGCCAGAAACUUGAAUUUGCGGAAGAGACGAUUCACCUUCUUGGUAUGGAUGAUUUUGCCGACGCUAUCGUCGGUUUGCCCGGCAAGGGACUCAAUGCUGAGCAGCGAAAGCGCCUUAGUAUUGGAGUUGAAUUGGCCGGGAAGCCAUCCCUACUUCUCUUUUUGGAUGAACCUACUUCGGGACUUGAUAGCCAAUCAUCCGAGGCAAUCUUGGCUCUACUUAAGAAGCUAGCCGCAAGUGGCUUGGGCAUCCUGUGCACAAUUCACCAGCCAAGCGCCAUGCUGUUCCAGCGUUUCGAUAGGUUGUUGCUGAUGGCACGGGGCGGCAAGGUCGCUUACUUCGGGGACAUUGGGAACUCCUCGGAGGCUGUUCUUCGAUAUUUUGACGCCCGCGCACCGAGGAGGUGCAAGGACGCUGAGAACCCUGCUAAGUAUAUACUCGGUAUGAUAGGCAAUACGGACGGCCAAGGCAUCGACUGGCCUGGUCUGUGGGACAGAUCUACAGAGGCCAAUGUAGUUUCAACUGAGUUGGAACGCAUUUCGAAGUCUUCAUCCCAGACAACAUCACCGGAAAGCGACCUAGGCCAAGGUCGAACGCAUGGAACUUACCGAAUUCCGUUGAGCUCCCAGCUACCAAUUGUUUGUCGGCGAGUCUUCCAACAAUAUUGGAGAUCGACAACGUACAUUGCAAGCAAAUUCAUAUUGGGCAUUGCAGGCACACUAUUCAUUGGUUUCUCGUUUUUCCAGCCCGGACAAUCAAUUCUUGGUGUUCAGAACGCCAUUUUCUCUAUUCUCAUGGUUUGCGCAAUGUUCAGCAGCUUGGUCCAGCAGAUCAUGCCCAAGUUCAUCAUGCAGCGGACAGUCUACGAAGUUCGUGAGAAACACUCCAAUAUGUAUUCAUGGGUCGCUCUCAUCUUUGCCAACAUUCUUGUCGAGAUACCAUACCAUCUUGUCCUUGGUAUCAUAACCUUUGCGAUAUUCAACUACACGGUAUUCGGCAUUAGAUCGCCUGAAGACCAAGGUCUGGCCCUGUUGUUCUUCACCUAUUUUUAUGUCCUUGUGGGCACCUUUGCAGUCAUGGUCACUGCGCCUUUGCCUGAUGCAACAACAGCUGGUCGUAUAACGACAGUCCUGUUCUCAAUGAUGAUCCUGUUUGCGGGUGUCUUCCAGACCCCUACAGCUUUGCCAGGCUUCUGGAUAUUCAUGUACCGUGUCUCGCCCAUGACAUAUCUUGUUGGCGGUGUUUCUGUCUCGGGACUUUCAGGCGAUCCGGUCGUCUGUUCUCAGUCCGAACUUGCCGUCUUCCAGCCCCCUGCCGGUGACACUUGUGGGUCAUACAUGCAGCCAUAUCUUGAGCAAGGCGCCACGGGGACGCUCCUGAACCCGAGCGCGGCUGCUAAUUGCUCUUAUUGCCCUCUGCAGUAUGCUGAUCAAAUCUUGGCUCGCUCCGGUAUGUAUUAUCAGGACAGAUGGCGGGAUUGGGCCUUUGGAUUCGCUUAUAUCGCUUUCAAUAUCCUUGCUACCUUCGUUUUAUACUCCUUGCUACGACUUGGACUUUUGGGCUCGGGAUUCAAUAAGGUUAAGCAGCUUUUCCGGAGGAAGAAGGCAGCCCAGUAA